AUGUUCAAUGAAUGGUUGCAACUACACAUUUUCUAUGAGGGUCUUUCUUAUGAAUCAAAGAAGGCAGUAGACCACUCAUCCGGGGGAUCUCUAAACAAGAAAAAGACCAUUGAAGAAGCCAUAGAUGUCAUCGAGACUGUAGCUAAGAAUGACUACUAUGCUUCUGAAAGGAGCAACACUCGAGGAGUGAUGGAGCUAAACCAUAUGGAUGCACUGCAGGCCCAUGAUCCAUACUCUAAAACUUAUAAUCCUGGUUGGAAGAACCACCCAAACUUUGGGUGGGGAAAUCAACAAGAUCAAAGCCAAGAUCAGAGACGUUACAACCCCAACAACAAUGCAACUCACCAGCAUUCCAUACAGAGAUCAUAUCAACACCCACCCAAUAGUACCUCUCAACAUCCACAUCAAAACCAAAAUGGCCCUUCUCACCCCUCCUACCUCAAUUCACCAUCACCAUCCGAAGAUAGACUCUCCAGAAUUGAGACUCUACUUGAAGGUAUAUGCAAGGAAGUCCAAGACAACAGAGUGUUCAAGGAAGAAGUGCGAGCUAAUAUAAAAAACCAGGGAGACACCAUCAAGAGGCUGGAGUCUCAAGUGGGAUAUCUCUCUCAGCAGAUUCCCAAGCCUACUGAUAGCUUACCAAGUGACACAGAGAAAAACCCGAGAGGUGAAGCAAAGAAGGUAAGAUGGGAAGAAUGCAAGAUGGUCACUAUAAGUGGUGAGGGGAGUGUGAAAGAAAUGAACAAACCAUUAGAACACUCUCAAGAUAUUCCAGUAGAAAAGCAAGAAGAGAGUGACCAAGAAACCAACCCCACACAAAGGAAAGAGCUAAGGGAGAAGGAGAUUAUGAACCCAUAUGCACCUUUUUCCCAAAGACUCAAGGGGGGUGUAAAAAGGAGAGUGUACUCAAAGUUCCUCGACAUGUUUGCAUCUCUCCAUGUAAACAUACCAUUCAUCAAGGCUCUCCAACAAAUGCCCUCAUACAUUAAAUGUAUGAAAGAGCUGCUGACCAAAAAAAAUUCACUAAAGGGAGGGCAAACAAUAGUGAUGAAUAAGGAGUGCAGUGCUCUCAUUCAAACAGAGUUUCCUACAAAAAAGAAGGACCUAGGGAGUUUUCACAUCUCUUGUGCUAUAGGAGAAAUAAUGAUUAAUAAGGAACUCUGUGACCUGGGUGCAAGCAUCAACUCAAUGCCUUUAUCCCUCAUGAAGAAGCUUCAAAUCAAUGAGCUAAUGUCCACGGAUGUAAUCAUCAAGUUGGCUGACAAAACUCAAAAACAAGCAAUAGGAGUGGUUGAAAACGUGUUGGUGAAGGUUGGGAACUACUUCCUUCCCACAGACUUUGUUAUCUUGGAGAUGGAAGAGAGUCACCUCCAUCCAAUCAUUUUGGGAAGACCAUUCCUAGCCACAGGCAGAGCACUUAUAGAUGUGGAGCAAGGAGAGAUAAUUCUGAGGAUACAUGAUGAACAACUCACCUUCAAUGUCUUCAAACCCUCACAAGAAGCAGAUCAAGAAAACAAGGAAUCAAGGAAGGAUCACAAUAAGGUAUUGGUGGAAGAAACAAGCACAGAAACACAAACAAUACACCUGAGAAUCCCUUUGGUUGACAAACAAUACAGUCAAAAGGCACAAUAG